ACACACUGAUACUGAUGCAGAAACUGCGUCACGACGAGCAGAUUGGGACAGUGCUGUCGGGUAUAGAGGCAAAAAGACAUAUCUGCAUCCUUUUUCUGGUGCUAUCCAGAUCGUCUAUCCAUUACAACGUAGCAUCAGAGGCUGGCCAUCGGUAGCGAUGCGCGCAUCCCACAUCCAGCUCUCCUGCUUCCUGCUGCAUGUGUUGCGUGUAUGCACGCGUUUAAUUCUUAAUGAGCGGACAAAUUAACACGCGAGGCGAGGCGGCUGCAAUCUUUAAUGUGCAUCGUAUGCACGUCUUCGCAGAACACACGGGAGCGGCGGCCGGGAGCUGGCUGUGUAACGUGGAUGAUGGAUCUGACAUUUAACGGGACAGUGAGAUCAGACCCUUGGGAUUAGUAUCCUCGCUCGCUUAACUUGGGUCUGGACAUUCAUCAUCGCUCAGCGUAGGGGGGCAACCUCGGGGCGAUCUGCCUGCUGAAUAACAUCCCUACCCGGUCAGGGACGCUCCCGCCGGGUCAGCCGUUUCCCAAGCCAUGGCUCUGGUGACUCUGCAGCGAUCUCCCACCCCUAGCGCUGCGUCCACGGCCAGCACCACCGCCACCAACGCGGGGGAGGACUUUGGGAGCGAUGAGGAACGUCGACAAAACCAGAGCCUGAGUGAGAGCUUCUUCAUGGUGAAGGGUGCAGCCCUCUUCCUGCAGCAGGGGAGCAGCACCCAGGGCCAAAAGGCACACCCCCACCACAAGCAUGCAGGCGACCUACCUCAGCACCUGCAGGUGAUGAUCAACAUUCUUCGCUCUGAAGACCGUAUUAAGCUUGCAGUACGUUUGGAGAGUGCCUGGUCUGACCGAGUGCGGUACAUGGUGGUGGUCUACACCAGCGGUCGGCAGGACACCGAGGAGAACAUCUUACUGGGGAUGGACUUCACCAACAAGGACAGUAAGUGCUGUUCCAUCGGGAUGGUUCUUCCUCUGUGGAGCGACACCAAAAUCCAUCUUGAUGGGGACGGGGGUUUCAGUGUGACCACAGCAGGACGGACACACAUCUUUAAGCCAGUGUCUGUCCAGGCCAUGUGGUCAGCGCUGCAGAUCCUCCACAAGGCGUGCGAGGUAUCUCGAAGGUAUAACUACUUCCCUGGCGGCAUGGCGCUCACCUGGAUGAGCUACUAUGAGAGCUGCAUCUCAUCCGAGCAGAGCUGUAUAAACGAGUGGAACGCCAUGCAGGACCUGGAGACCACGCGGGCAGACUCGCCCGCCAUGUUUGUCGACAAGCCAACGGAAAGGGAACGAACCGAGUGCCUUAUCAAAGCCAAACUCCGGAGCAUCAUGAUGUUCCAGGACUUGGAGAAUGUCACCUCCAAAGAGAUCCGGAAUGAACUGGAGCAGCACAUGAACUGCAACCUGAAAGAGUACAAAGAAUUCAUUGACAAUGAGAUGCUCUUCAUCCUUGGGCAGAUGGACAAGGCCACUCUCAUUUUUGACCACCUCUACCUGGGAUCUGAGUGGAACGCCUCCAACCUCGAGGAGCUCCAGGACUCAGGGGUGGGAUAUAUCCUGAACGUCACUCGGGAAAUCGACAACUUCUUCCCGGGUACAUUCGCCUACUACAACAUCCGCGUCUAUGAUGACGAGACGACGGAUCUGCUGGCCCACUGGAACGAGACCUAUAACUUCAUCGUGAAAGCGAAGAAAAACCACUCCAAGUGCCUGGUGCACUGUAAGAUGGGCGUGAGCCGGUCCGCCUCCACGGUGAUCGCCUACGCCAUGAAGGAGUACGGCUGGUCACUGGAGAAGGCCUACAGCUUCGUCAAGCAGAAGCGGAGCAUCGCACGGCCCAACGCCGGCUUCAUGAGGCAGCUGGCUGAGUACGAGGGCAUCCUGGAUGCCAGCAAACAGCGACACAACAAGCUGUGGCGACCCGACCCAGAUUCUGAGCUCACCGAGGGACAGCCAGCCUCUGCGCCCUGCAGCCUGCCCGACGAACCGGAGGACGUCACCCCCGAGCCGGGCUUUGUGCCCGGCAAUGAGGCCUGGGGCGGGGAGGGCGCAGGAGUCUCCCCCGGACGUACGGUCGGCCUGGAGGUGGACCCGUCAGACCCGCCCAAUUACAACUACUAUUUCCGGAGGCUGUCGGACUCGGCACUGGACAGCGACCCAUCUACACCCGUGCGGGCGCCGCCCCUGCUGGAGGCAGAACGUGUCUUCAUCGCCAUCGAGGACGUGGAGCGUGACGCGCUGCUGGACGACGGUGGUUUCGAGGCUCGCGAGUGCCCCUUGGCCCAUUUCGCCCUGCCCGGCGAGGGGACCGCGGCACAGACGUACGGCCGGCCCGAGCCCCUGGAGGAGCUCCGUCUGCGGCUGGAGUUCAGCACCGUGGAGGAGGAGGACGAGGAGGAAGCACAGAAGGAGGAGGCGGAGAUGGAAGCACUGGCCCGGCCCAGGGGCGGAGUGGGUGGCUUGCAGGAGGCCAUUUCUGAGGAAGAGGCCCGGCUGUGCUCAACCUCUCUGGUGGGGCAGCUGAACCGCUUCAACGAGAACAGCAACAACAACAACAACAGCCUCGGCGCCAAGCGUAGCUUUGAUGACGCUAUCGGCGACAGGAGGCCUAACAAGCUGAAGCCCUCAUGCCAGGCGAGCGACACCUCCAUGCUGCUUCACCCCGGUCUGUAUGCGGGCACCCUGGCUGCGGACCGGGCUCACGUCCUUAGCCCUGCGUGCGACUCCUUCCCCGCCUCCGUAUUGCCCCCCCUGCCUGUGCCGCCACAGCCUAGUGUCACCCCCACCCACACGCCGCCGUCGCCCAUGGCCUGCGAGGACCUGCGGCUUGAUCUAGGUUCUCCUUUGGACACAAGUGAGCCGCCGGCGAAGGAUGGGUGGGAUGGGGACGUGCCCCCAGGGGACACCGUUACGGGUUUGGCCACGCUGAAGCUCAGCCUGGAAGUUGGAUUGUCGGCAGCCACUCCAGGAUACCUAACUAGUCACCAGGGGGCGCUGCUGCAGCUGCAGAAAACCGGCCUAGUUCGCCGGCGUACCGAGCGAUUGGAGAAGCUUGCGGGCCUCUCAGUGGAUGGUCUGCACCCCGGGGGGGUGCUCUCCGUCCCAGAGCAGAUGGACACCUCCUCAGAGGAUGCCGUGGAGGACAUGGAGGUGGACCAGGGCCUCUCGCUGGAGGUCGAUGCACGGAUGCCCUCACCCUUGCCGGGGCCUUCGGGGGAGCCCCUUAAGGGCGUGUCGACACCCACGUCCUCACCACUGACACGCAGCUCCAGCAGCGACAGCCUGCGCAGUUUCCGCGGCAAGCCGGGCCUGGUGCAGCAGCGCACACAGGAGAUCGAGGCGCGCAUGCGGCUGGCUGGCCUCACCGUCCCCUCACACCUCAAGCGCUCCAGCUCCCUGGCUAAGCUGGGCGGCCUCACCUUCUCAGAGGAGGACCUCUCCUCCACCUGCUCCCCCUCCGACACCAGUGCCCCGCUCCUUUCACCAGAGCCCAGAGGCAACUGGGACUGGCAGUGGGACCAGGCCAUCCUGGAAAAGGAGGUGGCGCUCACGAGUCUGCCACCUACGAGCCCAAGGAGCUGACCGAAAGAGGGUCACCUGACCUUUGACCCCAGCUGAAAUCAGUCAGGCAGGCUUGUGUAAGAGAUAAUAAUGGGCACCUCUGCGUCCCAAGCUGUAACAUAUGUAGAUAGAUAUACAGUAUAUAUAUAUAUAUAAAUAUAUUGAAAUAUAUGUAUAUUAAUAUAAUGCCACAUCAUAUUUAUGAAGAAUCCAAAUAUUAUCACUAGAUGAUUUCUGGGUUCAGAUUUUGCUUGCUUGAGCUCACUGAAUGUGUGUGCAGGUUACCUGGAUGACCCACUUAUAAGAGGCAAAAAAUGGGGAUGAAAGGGGGUCAAAAUAGCAGAGCGAUUCCCCUCGGACAAACAGACAGCAGCUUUUGAAAUCUGGUUGUGUAUCUUGUUGAAUGUUCGUCGUUGCUUCGCCCCGCGAUCUGUAUCCCACCCCGCCCCCCCCCCAUCCAGCUUGAGGUAUGAAAAAUAUUUGUGUGAGCCCGGCAAAAAAUAGGCAGCCCGAUGCAGUGGUGUGUUUUGACGUAGAAUAUGACACGCUGAACAGCUGAACAUGCCUUCAGACAGAGAGCAAAAUAAAAUCACAGAAUAACUUUCUAGAGGCUUUUGUGAGAAAUGGGAAAAUCUUCAGUGUCUCGUUCUACCUAAAAGUAGCCUUUAUGUGGUUUGAGCCACUUUGUUUUAUUUGCAAAACUAUAAAGAAAAGCCUCACGGUAGAUCAUCCGGUCAAAAUUUGUAACAACUGGACUGUUAUGUGCAAUGGGGAGCAGCUGCACUAAAUUAGCUACUGGACUGUUACAUCUGUUUCUUGGCCUGUUUCCCUGAAUAUACAUAUUAGGGUUCCAUGAACCUUUGUGAGAGGCAAAAGUUAAAAUGUUUAAUGAUCGACUGGUGAAAGCAAUAACUGUCUCCCUGUCCUCGUGACACUACGCUUUAGGAGACAGGUGACCGUAUAACACCCCCUACUGGCUGACUAUAGUAAGAACGCACUCUCCCUCACAUACCACUCUCCAUAAAAACUAAUAUUUAAAACUAGUUUUACAUAUGUGUUAAUUAUUUCUUUUGAUUUCUUUGCCCUAAAAAACAAAAUGAAUCAUGUAGUUCAAGUAUGAAUAGUUUUGUUUUCCUUAAGCGACUUCCUCCACUAAAGUUUCUGAAUGUCUGCCUAGUGACGUCAACCAAGGUGCUGACGGAUUGUUUCCGAAGUAACAGAGAGCAGUGCUGCUUGAUUCUGGGGGAGCUGGACAGCAGGCUCCCAGUGUACAUGUUGUGCGAUCACACAAAGACCUGUUAAAAACAUUAGGAACGGUGUGUUUUUGUGCCUACAGUGGAGUGGAAUAAAAUACCACUAAGAGAGAACAAAUCAUCGAGUCGAAUCUUCAGGUUCCACAACCAAGCCAUAGAAGCUCAUUUACCACAUGUUGCUUCUUGAGUUACCUCGUUUUGUUUGUUUGUUUUAAUUGCUUGUGUC